UGCAGGGUGGAAGUGAGAAAAAAUGGGAGUUGUUCCGGAGGUGACUCUGAGUUUUUCCGGCCAGACCAUGCCGGUCAUCGGCAUGGGAACGGUGGCGUAUCCGCUGCCAGACCUGGAAAUCACGAAACAGGCCAUUCUCGAAGCCAUCAGAGCGGGUUACCGCCAUUUCGACACGGCCUUCGCCUACCGGUCGGAGCAGGCUCUGGGCGAGGCUGUCGCCGAGGCCCUCCGGCUCGGCCUUAUCAAGUCUCGUGACGAGCUCUUCAUCACCACAAAGCUGUGGAGCAGCUUCGCGCAUGGUGACCAGGUCAUUCCCGCCAUCAAAAUGAGCCUCAAGAAUCUGCAGUUGGAAUAUGUUGAUAUGUAUCUGAUACAUUGGCCAGUGAGGCUGACUGAACACGUAACCAAAACCCCAGUUCCAAAAGAAAUUAUAGUCCCCCUGGAUAUCAAGUCGGUUUGGGAAGCCAUGGAAGAGUGCCAGAAGCUUGGCCUCACCAAAGGCAUUGGCGUCAGCAACUUCUCCUGCAAGAAGCUUGAGGAGCUCCUCUCCGUUGCCAAAAUCCCUCCGGCCAUCAACCAAGUGGAGCUGAACCCGCUUUGGCAUCAGAAGAAACUGAUAGAGUUCUGCAAGGCAAAGAAAAUUCACAUCACAGCUUACUCUCCACUGGGAGCCAACGGCACCAAAUGGGGAGACAACAGAAUUGUAGAGAGUGAUGUCCUUGAGAAGAUUGCCAAGGCCAGAGGGAAAACUACUGCCCAGGUGUCACUGAGAUGGGUGUACGAGCAAGGAGCCAGCGUCGUGGCAAAGAGCUUCAACAAGCAAAGGAUGAGAGAAAACCUUGAUAUAUUUGAUUGGUCACUCACUGAGGAGGAGUCCAAGAAGAUCAGCCUGCUUCCCCAGCGCAAAGGCACCACCAUGGCUUCCAUUUUGGGACCCCAUGAUUUGCUUCUGGAGAUUGAUGCUGAGAUUUAGAUCUCAGUCCUUUCAUUUUUAUAAGUAAUAAUGCGCUCUGUGUAAUCUGUAGAAUUAAUAUUUCAUAAUAAUGAACUUAAUUUGGAUUGGUUUGA